AUGCUACUCUCUUUCAUUGGUGCUCAAAGACUAAAUCCUUGCUGUUUCUUGGCCUAUGGUUGGCUGCAAAUAUACGAAGCUUAUGUAUCGCUUCUUAGAAUAGAAGAUUUCCUCCUCUUAAAAGAUUUGCCUGCAGUCUCAUGUGAUUACACGUCUGACGAAAGUAAAUCUGAAUUGAAAGAGUUAAAAAGCAGAUUGAAGGAUCACGAGGAGAGGGUCGAAGUCAAUCACUUUGACGAUGCAAUGAAUGAGCGGGGCAUGGCAAUAGAUUUGUGUGUGUCGAAUUUGACAUGCAUGCAGGUCAGUCGAGAAGAGGAAUAUAUCUUAGAAAAUAUCGACCUUAUAACAGAAUCAAAAAGCUUGGCAGUUAUUACUGGACCAGUGGGAAGUGGGAAAUCUACUCUUCUCUCAGCCAUCGCCGGAGAGGUACCAAAAAAAAAGGGAACACUGACUCGCCCAGAAAAACUUGCUUACGUUCCACAGAUUGCAUGGGUCUUCUCCGGGACAAUUCGGGAAAAUAUCUUGUUUGGUCUGCCAUACGAUGAGCAGAUGUAUAAGAGAGUGCUCCGAGCGUGUGCACUUGUUAAGGACAUGCAGGAAAUGCCCAAUGGAGACUUAACUGUUGUUGGAGAACGCGGUGAAGUUCUUAGCGGCGGUCAGCAGGCAAGAGUAAGUUUAGCUCGCGCAGUGUACGCUGAUGCAGAUCUUUAUUUGUUGGACGACCCUUUCAGUGCUUUGGACUUUAAAGUUGGUCAACACAUCUUUGAAAACUGUAUCCAAGACUUCCUGAGCGACAAAACCAGGGUAUUAAUCUCUCAUCAAGAGCAGCACAUGAAAGAGGCAACUGAAGUGGUAGUCUUAUACAAAGGCCGUGUUUUAGGGAGGGGUACUUUCACUGAUCUUCAAGGGAAAGGUUUUCUUAAUACGCUUGUUAAUCCACUACAUCAGAAGGCUCCAAAAGAUUCGACAUUCGACAAGAAAUAUAAUGAUCAAGAAGAGAAAUUCAUCGAUAGUAGAGACGAAAAAGAUCCACCAUCCACUGGAGAGAAGGGCCUGACAAUAUCGGAUGAGGAUCGUACCAUCGGAAGGGUGUCACCGAAGCUUUACUGGGACUACUUCAGCAGUGGAAUUCACUCUAUGGGAAUCAUUGCUGUGAUAUGUUUGUUCCCCAUUGCGCAAGCAAUAAUUGUCGCUCCCAAUGUUUGGCUCUCGCUUAUGACGAAGAAGCUUCCAGAAGAUCAGAGAAACAAGAUAAACAUUAUCAUCUACACUUGUCUUGUCAGUGGGUGCGUUAUGCUCGCCUUCGUUCGAGCAUAUACUUUCCUAUGGGUUUCUCUGAAAUGUUCUGAAAGUCUCCAUGACUUGAUGGUAGAAGCUCUUCUGCGAUCACCAGUGUUGUUUUUUGAUUCAAAUCCAGUAGGAAGAAUCCUCAAUCGGUUCUCGAAAGACAUUGGCUGCAUGGACGAGCUUUUGCCCAAAGAGUUUCUGUUGUCAAUUCAGUUAUCAUUAUUGGCUAUUUGUACGAUACUUAUACCAACUGUUGCAAAUCCUUGGCUCCUGUUCGUCAUUAUUCCGUUGAUGACUUUUGUGGCGUUCGUCUCCAAGUAUUACUCGAAAACGUCCCGAGAGCUAAAAAGGUUGGAAUCAAUCAGCCGCAGCCCUGUUUUCUCCCACAUAUCGGAGACUUUGAAUGGAUUGGACACAAUUCGGACAAGAAAUAGGCAGAGAGACUUCGUCCAUGAGUUAUACAGAUACCAAGAUACCCAUAAUCAGAUAUCUAUCAUGGUGAUGGCCAGUGCCAGAUGGCUCGGAGUGCGCCUGGACGUUGUUGCUUCCCUAAUAGUUGGUUCAGUUGCUGCAGCAGCAGUGUUUGUGGCCCAAGAUGCCGCCAUUGCCACUCUUGCACUUGUUUACGUCGUCCAAAUCACAGACACAACCCAAACGGCAGUGAGAAGAAGCUUGAAUGUUGAUAAUCUCAUGACGUCAGUGGAACGAGUUAUGACGUACACUAAGCUUGACUCUGAGCCUGGAUACAAAGUAGAAAAACGUCCCCCAGAACACUGGCCACGCGAAGGGAAAAUAACUUUUAAAGAUGUAUCACUGACAUAUUACCCGGGAGGACCUCAAGUACUAAAGAAAAUUAACCUUGAAAUCAAAGGCGGAACGAAGAUCGGUAUUGCAGGCCGUACAGGUGCAGGAAAGACUUCUGUUUUGGCAGCUCUACUGCGCAUGCCAGAUGCUGAUGGACAGAUAAUGAUUGACGAUAUUCCCAUAAUGGAGAUUAACAUUCAAGAAGCUCGACGAUGCAUAUCGGUUCUUGAACAAAGUCCAGUCCUAUUCAGUGGAACGCUGAGAAAAAAUCUCGAUCUUUUGGAGCAGUUUCAAGACAAGGAUUUAUGGCAAGCGUUGAGAGACACUCAACUGAAAGACGUAGUUGAGAGCCUGGAGGGACAGUUGGAUUACAAGCUUUCCGAACAUGGCGCAGAUAUCAGCGUAGGAGAAAGGCAGUUGAUUUGUUUGGCUCGUGUCUUGUUACAUCGAAGCAAGAUCAUCAUCCUGGAUGAACCCACUGCACACGUAGAUCCAGAAACAGAGCACAAAAUGUGGAGGGUGGUACGCGAGAAACUGAAGGACUGUACCGUAAUUACCAUAGCUCACCGCCUGAGCUCAAUUAAAGAUUGUGAUAUGAUUUUGGUUUUAGAAAAUGGAGAAAUACGCGAAUUUGGCAAGUUUGAUUUAUUAGUGAGAAGAGAGGGAGGUAUAUUGAGAGAAAUGGCUCGUGUUUCAGGUAUCUAAAAUGUGCAUGGAAGAAAGUCACCGAAAACCUUCCCUGAUCUUAUUGUUCUGGGUAAAAGAUGGCAACAAAAUUAACCAAAUGCGACAGAAAGUUAAUCCCGCUCCCUUUUGAGCUGAGGUUUUUCAAAUUGGCUUUGCAAUGUGUUUUAUUCUACAUUUUUCGACAUUUUAGCUCUUUUUCCGUUUUAGAAUGAUUUAGGUAACAAAAGCCUCUACUGAAUUAUUGUCUUGACGUCAUGGCUCUUCUUGGGAGCACAAUAACGCAGAAGGAGCACCAAAAAACCUUAAAGAAAACACAAUCGAAUUCGCAAAGAAAUUGGUAAUCUUCUGUUAUUUUAUAAUUAAAUGGUUGUAUGGUUUUUAGAGAUUUAAAUAAGUAGAUGUACUUGUCUGCCUGAUUUUUAAACUAACAGGGAUAAAAAAUCUUAGCAUCGUUUGCGUCAUUUUGAGGAUUUUGUUUGCUUCAGAAAGCUUUGAGCUGAGUACACCAUCAUGCACCUGUAGCGGUGAAAAAGUACAUUAUUUCCUCUUUAAGCACAAAUCAAGAAGGAAGUCAAUUCUGAUUAUCAGCUCCCUUGUUAAAGCGUGAUCGUGGCGCUCUACUUUUGACCGUUUUAUUGAAAUUAUGAAGGUGUAAUAGUAACUUACCUGAGCUUGUGGGAACAGUUGCAUGAGCAUCCUAAUAAUAUCUGCUCACACAUCAGCGCUUUCUCCGCGAACAUUCUUCAUUUCUUGGAAUGGAUGAAAACAUAUUCUGCUUUA